AUAGGCAACCAGUUAAACAGCACCAUUUGACAUUUAUUCGUGACAUUCGUGUCAUGCGUCAAAGUGAAAUGUCAAAUAAGUUUUGAUAAAAACAAGAACUAUUUUGGAUAAUUUCAGAGACUUUUUAUUGUGAUUUAGUUCUAGGGUUGCGGCGUAGUAUCAAAGAAAUCAAAAAUCCAAUAGCUCACGUUAAUGUAGCUUUGAGGCAAAUCACGAAAGAAUGUCAGGAAACGUGAAUAUAUGUGCCGUCACUGAUGAUGUGAAACAAGCUCUUAAAGACUUCCGCUUCAGAAAAGCCCAAGACACUGCCGCUUUAAUUUUGAAAGUUGAUCGUGAAAAACAGCAAAUAAUAAUCGACGAAAAACUGGAGAAUAUCACAAUUGAAGAACUUCAAGAGAGUUUACAAAGCCAUCAGCCCCGUUAUGUCAUUUUAUCAUAUCGCCAGGAACACAAGGAUGGACGCGUUUCUUAUCCACUGUGUUUCAUCUAUUUCACACCACGCGACAGCCACGCUGAGUUGCAAAUAAUGUAUGCAGGAUCAAAAAUCUCCCUGCAACGUGAAGCCGACCUUGCCAGAGCUUUUGAAAUUAGAGAACUGGAGGAUUUGACAGAGGAAUGGCUCUUGGAAAAGUUAGGGAAUUAAAUCAAACCAAAUAUCAUGCUUUCGUUUAUUAAAUUUUUAAUCAAAUUAGUCCUGAUUGUGAAAUUACGUUGUCAUCCCAGGUCACUUUGAUCACAAGUUUAAGAAUCGAAGGUGCGGUGUUGCUUAUUUAUGUUUAAUGAUUUUAGUUAGAAAUAUUCCUUAAGCAAUAAGGAUUACGUUUAUUUAGUCAGUUUAGCAGUUGGGACUUUUUGAAACGACAUUCCAAAAACACCAAAUUGUGCGAGAAAAUCUAUAUUCUGUUAAAUUCUGAAUGUUGAAUUUUGUAUUGCGAGUUUAUACUUUUGUAACAAAAUAAACAAAGUCAAUGAUAAAUUUUUAUUUACAUAAUACCUUGAAAUAAUGUAAAGUACUAGCAAUGUAUGUAAUUAUGAUGUAAAUCUUUUCUGAUUAGUAUAUUGCCAAGAGAACGUGGUCAAGAGCUCCAAAACCAUUUCAUGUCAAAUGAUGUGCCAAGUUUAAUUUUAUAACAUCAAGACACCCAUUUAUGAAAUUUUCACAGCACUCUCGACCUCGUUUAGACUCCUGGCAUAUUUUUCAGAAAAGACUAACAGGAUCGUGUACAAAUAAUCUAAAUAAAUCACAUUAACUGCCCUAAGAUUAAAGGAA